AUGCUGCUAGAUCAGAAGUUUAAGCUUAAGGAUCUAGGUGACUUGAUGUUCUUUUUUGACUUGGAAGUGGCUAGAUUAGAGAAGGGUAUUGUUCUAUGUCAAAGGAAGUAUGCUUUGGAGGUAUUAGAAGAUGCAGGUUUGUUAGGCUGUAAGCCUAUGAAAAAACCAAUGGAGAAGAAUGUAAAAUUGAGCAAAUAUGGUGGUGAUGUUCUCCAUGAUCCCAGUUCAUAUAGCAGGUUGAUUGGGAGGUUAUUGUAUUUGACUAUCACUCGACCAGAUAUAACCUUUGUUGUGCAUAAGUUAAGUCAAUAUAUGUCAAAACCAAGGGGGCCACACUUAGCUGCUACACAUAGAAUUCUACAAUACUUGAAGAAUGUACCAGGUAUAGGGAUUUUCUUUUCCUCAAGUGCAGAACUUCAUGUAAAGGGAUUUGCAAACUCAGAUUGGGCCUCAUGUCCAGACACUCAAAGAUCAGUGACAGGUUUAACUUCAAAUUCUUCCGAAGUCAACGUGGAAUUGCCAACAACUAAUGUUGCUAUUCCAAUUCCGGAAAAUGUGGAUGUUCCAAUUCCGGAAAAUGCGGAUGUUCCAAUCUCUCAAACACAAUUUCAAAGAAUUGACCUUGAUUCUUUGGAUUAUGAUCCCGGAACACGCAAACAAAUAUGGGAAUAUCAUGUUAAUCAACGUGAUGAAAUUCGACGGGCUUACAUUAAAAAAGGUCCGCACCAACCUCCUCUAGAGACAUUCCAAAAAAGUGGAAAGCACAAUCGUAGCUUUCAAGUUUCUUGGUAUAGAAAUAAUUCAAAAUGGCUUGAAUAUUCUCCUACAACAGAUGCAGCUUAUUGUCUACCUUGCUUUGUCUUUCAUAAUCCAAAUGUGGUUGUGGGACAAAAUACAUUUAUUGUUGGUGGAUUUAGAAAUUGGAAAAAGGUUGGGGGCAAAGAUUGUUCUUUUCAAGUUCAUAUAGGAAAAGAUCCUAACUCAACUCAUAGAGUUGCUGAGCAAAUGUGUAAGGAUUUGAUGAACCAAUCGCAGCAUUUGCAAAGGGUAGUUGAUCAUUUCACUACUAAACAAAUUGCAAAUAAUCGGUUGCAACUGAAGGCCACAAUUUUUAUUGUUGCUGAAAUAAUAGAAAAAGCUCCAAAAAAUGCAACCUACACAUCACCUAGGAUUCAAAAUGAAAUUCUACAUGUUUUCUCAGCCAAAGUGAAGAAGGCCAUUCGGGAAGAAAUUGGUGAUGCAAAGUUUUGCAUAAUGGUUGAUGAAACUCGUGAUGAGUCCAUGAAAGAGCAAAUGGCUGUGGUGUUUAGAUAUGUUGAUGCAAAAGGCUUUGUAAAAGAACGCUUUUUUGGGCUUAUUCAUGUUGUUGACACUGCAGCUUUGACUCUAAAGAAGGAGAUAUAUUCUUUGUUAUCUCAAUAUUGCUUAGAUAUACAAAAUAUUCGAGUGCAAGGAUAUGAUGGAGCAAGCAACAUGCGAGGUAUGUGGAAUAGAUUACAAGCUUUGAUUUUGAAUGAUUGCCCAUAUGCUUACUAUAUCCAUUGUUUUGCACAUCGCUUACAAUUGGCAUUAGUAAAAGCAUCAAAACAAGUUGUUUCCAUUAGUCAUUUUUUUCUUACAUUGCUUUUUCUGAUCAAAAUUGUUAAUGCUUCAUGCAAGCGCAAUGAGCAAUUGAAAGUUGCCAAUGCUAAUGAAAUAGCAUGUUUGAUUGAUCUUGAAAAGCUUGAGACUAGAAGUGGACUUAAUCAAAUUGGCACUUUACAACGACCUGGAGAAACAUGUUGGAGUUCACAUUUUAGAUCAGUUUCUAGCUUAUUAAGGAUGUUUGGUUCAACUGUUGAAGUUUUACAAAAUAUAAUUGAUGGUGCUAUUGAUAGAGAAAAUCGGGCAGAAGGAGAGUCAACUUAUGAAGGUUUAACUUCAUUUGAAUUUGUUUUCAUCUUGCAUCUUGAGAAGGAAACAAUGGAGAUCACUGAUAAACUUUGUCAAGCUUUGCAAAGCCAAUCUCAAGACAUUUUAAAUGCCAUGCAUUUAGUUUCAUCUACUAAAGCACUUAUCCAAAAAUUUAGAGAUGAUGGAUGGGAUAGCUUACUCACCACUGUGAUAUCAUUUUGUGAGAAGCAUCGCAUUGAUGUCUUGGAUAUGAAUGCUCGUUAUGUUGCAAGGCGAGGUCGAGCUCGUAAUCAACAAGAUAACGUUACAAAUGAGCAUCAUUAUCGAGUAAAUAUUUUUUAUGCUACAAUAGAUUCUCAACUACAGGAACUAAAUUAUCGAUUUAAUGAAGAUGCAAUGGAGUUACUUAGGCUUAGCUCAGCUUUAGAACCUCGAGAGGCAUUAAAAUCUUUCAGAAUUAGUGAUCUUUGUUUGUUGGUAAAGAAUUUCUAUCCACAAGAUUUCACAGAUUAUGACAAACAAGUGUUGAAGAAGGAGCUUUAUCAUUUUAAGCAUAAUGUAGUCCAAGAUCCAGAGUUCAAAAAAUUGAAAAGUUUAUCUGAGUUGUCUCAAUGGUUAGUGAGAACUAGAAAUUUAGAACACUACAAACUUGUUUAUAGAAUGGUGAGACUUAUGCUUACUCUUCUAGUUUCUACUGCUACUACAGAGCGAGCAUUUUCAGCUAUGAAACUUGUCAAAACUGAACUUCGAAACAAAAUGGAAGAUGACUUUUUGAAUGACUCUUUGAUGUUAUACGUUGAAAAGGAUAUAGCUUCGACAUUUAGUUUGGAUUCAAUAGUAGAUGAUUUUGAAGAUUUGAAAGAGCGUCGAGUUCCCUUUUCAUAG